AUGUUUGGGAUUCAGGAAACUAUACCGCGGGGUGGGACGACGAUGAAGGAGGAACCGCUGGGUGGACUGAACUCGGUCCGCUCCUGGAUGCACACAGCUGGGGUGGUGGAUGCAAACACAGCCGCCCAAAGCGGUGUCGGCUUGGCACGGGCACAUUAUGAAAAGCAGCCCCCUUCCAACCUCAGAAAAUCCAAUUUUUUCCAUUUCGUCCUGGCGCUGUAUGACAGACAGGGUCAGCCCGUGGAGAUCGAAAGAACAGCUUUUGUGGACUUUGUGGAGAAAGAAAAAGAACCAACCAGUGAAAAAACUAACAAUGGAAUACAUUACAAACUACAGUUAUUGUACAGCAACGGCGUCAGAACAGAACAGGAUCUUUACAUACGAUUAAUCGAUUCCAUGACGAAGCAGGCCAUAGUUUAUGAGGGUCAGGACAAGAAUCCAGAAAUGUGCAGAGUUCUUCUCACUCAUGAAAUCAUGUGCAGCCGAUGCUGCGAUAAGAAAAGCUGUGGAAACAGGAACGAGACCCCGUCAGACCCCGUCAUCAUUGACAGAUUCUUCCUAAAGUUCUUUCUCAAGUGCAAUCAGAACUGUCUGAAAAAUGCAGGGAAUCCACGAGACAUGCGCAGAUUCCAGGUAGUCGUAUCGACGACUGUCAACGUGGACGGCCAUGUCUUGGCCGUCUCCGACAACAUGUUCGUACACAACAAUUCCAAGCAUGGGCGAAGGGCUCGCAGACUCGACCCUUCAGAAGGUACGCCUCCUUAUCUGGAAAAUGCAGCCACCCCAUGCAUCAAGGCUAUCAGCCCCAGUGAGGGAUGGACCACUGGAGGAGCCACCGUCAUCAUCAUCGGGGACAACUUUUUCGAUGGUCUACAAGUCGUGUUCGGCACUAUGCUCGUAUGGAGUGAGCUGAUAACUCCCCACGCCAUCCGUGUUCAGACGCCCCCUCGGCACAUCCCCGGCGUUGUGGAAGUCACGCUGUCCUACAAGUCCAAGCAGUUCUGCAAAGGUGCCCCUGGGAGAUUUGUCUACACUGCCCUCAAUGAGCCCACCAUCGACUACGGUUUCCAGAGGCUGCAGAAGGUCAUCCCCAGACACCCUGGCGAUCCUGAGAGAUUACCAAAGGAGGUGUUACUGAAGAGGGCGGCUGAUCUCGUCGAAGCCCUAUACGGGAUGCCCCACAAUAAUCAGGAGAUCAUUCUGAAGAGGGCAGCUGACAUCGCAGAAGCCCUAUACAGCGUUCCCCGCAACCACAACCAGAUUCCCUCUCUCGCCAACACAGCCUCCCACGGCAUGAUGGGAGUCAACUCCUUCAGCAGCCAGCUAGCAGUCAACGUGUCAGAGUCACAAGGGAAUGACCAAGUUGGCUACAGCCGGAACACCAGCAGCGUGUCCCCCAGGGGCUACAUCUCCAGCAGCACCCCACAGCAGUCGAGCUACAACACAGUCAGCAACAGCAUGAACGGCUACGGCAAUGCCGGCAUGAACCUGGGUGUGCCAAGCUCCCCGGGGUUCCUCAACGGAUCCUCUGCCAACUCCCCAUAUGGAAUUAAACAAAAGAGCGCCUUCGCCCCUGUGGUCCGACCCCAGGCCUCCCCACCCCCCUCCUGCACCAGCGCCAACGGCAACGGACUGCAAGGUGAGCCCCCCUCACCCCCUCAUCCCUUCCCUACGGACUACUGGUCAGAUACCGCUGCUCAGGCCUCUGUCCGGUUUGCCAUGUCCGGCCUGGUUGUCCCUCCAAUGUAAAUGCACUUUUGUCAUCUCGAGCACCAGUCGACACACUACCACUUCACAGGACACUCC